UAUCAAAAUAUGACUCAUAGUUACGGUUUAAAAAAGGGUACAAGAAGUAAGUUUGCUAAACCAUUCAGAGGACAUGGAAACAUAUCAAUUAGAAAAACCCUUUAAACCUUUAAAAGAGGUAUGUCUUUGUUUAAUAAUGUUAAGGUGAUUUUGUUGAUAUUUUGGUUGAUGGUGCUUAACAUAAAGGUGUUCCAUUUUAAUAUUAUCAUGGCAGAACUGCAAGAGUAUUCAAUGUAAAUCCAAGAGGAAUCGGUGUUUCAUUAUAAAGAAGAGUUAGAGGAAGAUAUGUCGAAAAGCGUUUUCAUGUUAGAGCUGAUCAUUUGAGACCAUCUAAAUGCAGAUAAGAAUUUGUCAAGAGAGUCUAAGAUAAUGAUAAGAAAAAAACUGAAGCAAACAAGAAUAAGCAAGUUAUUUCAACAAAGCGAUAACCAGUUUAACCAAGAGGAGCAACAGUUGUUAUACCAAAAUAAACAACUUUCUAGCAUCCAAAGGCAUUUGUAGAAAUUAUUUGAUCCAAAAAAUCAGUAUAUUACAAAAAAUAAGUUAAUAACA